AUGUUGGAUGCCCUGGUGCUAGACAGAGUGGAUUUUGUGAAGUUGCUUAUAGAAAAUGGAGUAAGCAUGCAUCGUUUUCUCACCAUCUCCAGACUAGAAGAGCUGUAUAAUACGAGACAUGGGCCAUCCAACACUUUGUAUCACCUUGUCAGAGAUGUCAAAAAGGGAAACCUACCACCAGAUUAUAGGAUAAGUCUAAUUGAUAUUGGCCUGGUGAUUGAGUACCUGAUGGGAGGAGCUUAUCGCUGCAAUUAUACUCGAAAACGCUUCCGAACACUCUAUCACAACUUAUUUGGCCCCAAGAGACCCAAGGCCCUAAAACUUCUGGGAAUGGAGGAUGAUGUUCCACUACGGAGGGGAAGAAGCACCACUAAGAAACGAGAAGAGGAAGUGGAUAUAGACCUAGAUGAUCCUGAGAUUAACCAUUUCCCUUUCCCCUUUCAUGAACUGAUGGUAUGGGCUGUGCUGAUGAAGCGCCAGAAGAUGGCUCUUUUCUUCUGGCAACAUGGAGAGGAAGCCAUGGCUAAGGCUCUGGUAGCCUGUAAACUUUGCAAAGCAAUGGCCCAUGAAGCAUCUGAAAAUGAUAUGGUGGAUGACAUAUCUCAGGAACUUAAUCACAACUCCAGAGAUUUUGGCCAGCUGGCAGUGGAGCUGCUGGACCAAUCCUACAAGCAGGAUGAACAGCUGGCUAUGAAACUCCUGACAUAUGAGUUGAAGAACUGGAGCAAUGCCACAUGCCUGCAACUUGCAGUGGCAGCCAAGCAUCGAGAUUUCAUUGCACACACGUGUAGCCAAAUGCUACUCACAGAUAUGUGGAUGGGGAGGCUUCGGAUGCGCAAAAACUCAAGUCUAAAGGUAAUUCUAGGAAUUCUACUUCCUCCUUCAAUUCUCAGCUUGGAGUUCAAAAACAAAGAUGAUAUGCCUUACAUGUCUCAGGCUCAAGAGAUCCAGCUGCAAGAAAAAGAGCCGGAAGAGCCAGAAAAAACAGUAAAAGAAAAAGAAGAGGAAGAUAUGGAACUCACAGAGGACGAAGUUCAGAACAGACAUAGAUUGAUCCCCUUUGGACGUAAAAUCUAUGAGUUCUACAAUGCACCAAUUGUUAAAUUUUGGUUCUAUACUAUGUUUUACAUUGGGUACCUGAUGCUGUUUAAUUAUAUCGUUUUGGUGAAAAUGGAACGUUGGCCUUCCAUGCAAGAGUGGAUAGUUAUCUCAUACAUAUUUACAAUGGGAAUAGAAAAGAUGAGAGAGAUAUUAAUGUCGGAACCUGGGAAACUACUGCAGAAGGUGAAGGUGUGGCUUCAAGAAUACUGGAAUGUUACCGAUCUUAUCGCCAUCCUCUUAUUCUCGGUGGGCAUGGUGCUUCGCCUUCAGGACCUGCCAUUCAGGAGUGAUGGACGUGUCAUAUAUUGUGUCAACAUUAUUUACUGGUAUAUCCGAUUGUUAGACAUCUUCGGGGUGAACAAAUAUUUGGGGCCAUAUGUAAUGAUGAUUGGGAAAAUGAUGAUAGACAUGAUGUAUUUUGUCAUUAUUAUGUUGGUGGUUCUGAUGAGUUUUGGUGUUGCAAGGCAAGCAAUUCUCUUCCCCAACGAAGAGCCAUCAUGGAAACUGGCAAAAAAUAUUUUUUACAUGCCCUAUUGGAUGAUCUAUGGGGAAGUGUUUGCAGACCAGAUAGACCGUAAGCAACUUCCUCCCUGCAAAACAGGAGCAUGGAUCGUUCCUGCCAUAAUGGCUUGCUAUCUUUUGGUUGCAAACAUCCUUCUGGUGAACUUACUGAUUGCAGUGUUUAACAACACGUUUUUUGAAGUUAAGUCUAUAUCAAACCAGGUAUGGAAGUUUCAGAGAUAUCAGCUUAUUAUGACCUUCCAUGAAAGACCAGUCUUACCCCCUCCACUAAUCAUCUUCAGUCACAUGACCAUGAUAUUUCAGCACAUAUGCUGUAGAUGGCGGAAACAUGACAGCGAUCCAGAUGAAGCAGACUAUGGGCUCAAACUUUUUAUAACAGAUGAUGAACUGAAGAAGGUUCAUGAUUUUGAAGAACAAUGCAUAGAGGAAUAUUUCAGAGAGAAAGACGAUAGAUUUAAUUCUUCCAAUGAUGAGAGAAUCCGUGUAACUUCUGAAAGAGUAGAGAAUAUGGCAAUGCGAUUAGAGGAAGUGAAUGAACGAGAGCAUUGCAUGAAGGCCUCGCUUCAGACUGUAGAUAUACGGCUUGCUCAGCUGGAAGAUAUGAUUGGGAGAAUGGCCACCGCACUGGACAAAAUUACUGGCACCGACAGAGGAGAGGCCAGUAAGAUACGGUCUCGAACAUCUUCUGACUGUACUGACACAGCUUACAUUGUGAGACAAAGUAGCUUCAACAGCCAGGAAGGGAAUGCAUACAAACUUCAAGAGAGUAUUGAUCCUACGGGGGAAGAAUCAAUGUCCCCCACCUCUCCAACAUUAACGCCUCGACUGCGAAGUCACUCCUUCUAUGCGAUGAAUAUGAAGGAGAAGGGUGGGCUUGAGAAAUUUGAAAGUAUUUUGAAAGAACGGUCUCUGAACCUUCAUCGUGCCACUAGCUCUCACUCAAUCUCAAAAGAACCAAAAGUUUCAUUAGUGCCUGUAAGCACUUUGUCUAUUGCUCCAGAUUCUCGGAGGCCUUCCUCUUGCAUUGAUAUUUAUGUGUCUGCCAUGGACGAGCUGCAGUCAGGAAUAGAGCCCCUGGACAGUUCAAUGAACAUCCUUGGGACCGGAGACGCUACUCUUCAAGCUCAGAUCACUUCCAGCGUUCUCUCGAGUAGUGCUUAUGUCAGUGGUACCGCUGGUGACGGAAUCUCAGGCAGAAGUAUUGAGUGUGAAGAGCCUUCUUCGCUGGAAACAAGGGUGUUUUCUUCAGAUUAUUCCCAAAUCACAGACAGUCAAAACCCCUGGGAAUUGGAUCCCCCCCUAUAUCAUACCUUAGAGCGUUCUAAAAGUAGUCGCUACCUGGCUACAAGCCCCUUUAUUUUAGAAGAGGCACCUAUUGUAAAAUCUCAGAGUUUUAUGUUCUCUCCAUCCCGGAGUUAUUUCAGCAGCCUCGGAGUACCGGUCAAAACAGCAGAGUACACUAGCAUUACCGACUGUAUUGAUACAAGGUGUGUCAGUGCUCCUCAAACCAUUGCAGAAAGGUCAAGUUUUCCUGGGAUCCAUGGAGAUAAGAUGGAUGACCUGGGAUGCUGCCAUCCAGAGAGGGAAGCAGAACUAAGUCACCCAAGUUCUGACAACGAGGACACUGAAGCCAAAGACAAAAAAGCAGUUUCCUUGUCACUUCAAGACAGCAAUACAUCUAGGACCUUGUCUAACAAUAUUCUGCUUCCUAAAAUAGAGCGGGCCAAUAGUUACUCUGCAGAUGAAUCCAACUUACUCUACGUGCACACACGGAAAAGCUACUCCAUCAGUGACAAACUUGAUAGGCAGCGCAAUGCAUCCAGCCUUCGAAAUACAUUUCAGAGGAGCAGGUCAUCCAAACCAGAAGGCACAGGAGACACCUUGUCAAUGAGAAGACUCUCUAGAACAGGUGCAUUCCGGAGCUUUGAGAGCAAAUAUUGCUAG